AUGAGCCAGCUUUGCCUGGGGUUGAUGUGCCAGCCUUUUCAAGCUGUCAGUGUCAGAGGGAUCCUCACUGGUGCCAUCUUCAUUCUGGGCUGCUGCGGGCUCUCUGAUUUCCAGAAGAGUCUUCUUCAAGAUCCUGAGCCCAAGGACAUGUCUUCUUACUUUGGCCACCAUGCUGCUCCAUUCACAGGCCACCCUCCCUCUCACCUCCAGAGACUGAGACGAAGAAGGACUUUGGAGGACAUUCUGCACCUAGAACUCCUGGUAGCUGUGGGCCCCGAUGUUUCCCAGGCUCACCAGGAGGACACAGAACGCUACGUGCUCACUAAUCUCAAUAUCGGGUCAGAACUGUUGAGAAACCCAUCCCUGGGAGUUCAGUUCCAGGUGCACCUGGUGAAGCUGAUCAUCCUCUCUGACUCGGAGAGUACUCCGAAUAUCACGACCAACAUCACCUCAUCCUUGAUGAGUGUCUGCGAGUGGAGCCAGAUUGUCAACCCCCAUGAUGACAGGGAUCCAAGUCAUGCUGACCUGAUUCUCUAUAUAACCAGGUUUGACCUAGAGUUGCCUGAUGGUAACCAGCAGGUUCGGGGCGUCACCCAGCUGGGUGGUGCCUGCUCCCCUUCCUGGAGUUGCCUUAUCACUGAGGAUACUGGCUUUGACCUGGGGGUCACCAUCGCCCAUGAGAUUGGGCACAGCUUCGGGCUGGACCAUGAUGGUGCUCCAGGUAGUGGCAGCACCUGCAAGGCCAGUGGCCACGUGAUGGCGUCUGAUGGCGCAGCGCCUACUGGAGGGACCCUGGAGUGGUCUGUCUGCAGCCAAAGGCGGCUGCAGCACCUACUCAGCACAGGGCAAAUGCACUGCUUCUGGGACCCACCUGGGCUGCAGUCAGGACUUACAUGGCACCAGCUGGUGGCACAGCCUGGCCUCUACUACAGUGCAGAUGAUCAGUGCCGUGUGGCUUUCGGUUCUGGGGCUGUCGCCUGCACCUUCUCCAGGGAGGGUCUGGAUGUAUGCCAGGCUCUGUCCUGCCACACAGACCCCCUGGACCAAAGCAGCUGCAGCCGCCUCCUUGUUCCUCUCCUGGAUGGGACAGAAUGUGGUGUGGAAAAGUGGUGUUCCAAGGCUCGCUGUCGCUCCCUAGCUGAGCUGGCUCCCGUGGCUGCAGUACAUGGACAUUGGUCUAGCUGGGGGCCCCAUAGUCCCUGCUCCCGAUCCUGCGGAGGAGGUGUGAUUACCAGGAGGCGGUGGUGCAACAACCCCAGGCCUGCAUUUGGGGGACGUGCAUGUGUGGGUGAAGACCUCCAGGCUAAGAUGUGCAACUUGCAGGCUUGUGAGAAGACUCAGCUGGAGUUCAUGUCCGAGCAGUGUGCCCAGACAGACAGACAACCACUGCAACUUUCCCAAGGCACUGCCUCCUUCUACCACUGGGAUGCUGCUGUGCAGUAUAGUCAAGGAGAUACUCUGUGCAGACACAUGUGCUGGGCUGUUGGAGAAAGCUUCAUUGUCAGUCGUGGGGACAGGUUCCUAGAUGGGACCCGGUGUGUGCCAAGUGGUCCUCAGGAGGAUGGGACCCUAAGCCUCUGUUUGUUGGGCAGCUGCAGGACCUUUGGCUGUGAUGGCAGGAUGGACUCCCAGCAGGUUUGGGAUGCGUGCCAGGUGUGUGGAGGAGACAACAGCACCUGCAGCUCACAGAAUGGCUCUUUCACAGCUGGGAGAGCCAGAGAAUAUGUCACGUUCCUGAUUGUUACUCCCAACAUGACCAGCGCACACAUUGUCAACCGCAGGCCUCUCUUCACACACUUGGCGGUGAGGAUCCAGGGCCACUACAUUGUGGCAGGAAAGACCAGCAUCUCGCCUAACACCACGUACCCUUCCCUUCUGGAGGACUACCGCGUGGAAUACAGAGUGACUCUCACUGAGGACCAGCUGCCCCACUUAGAGGAGAUUCACAUCCGGGGACCUGUCCGGGAUGACAUUGAGAUUCAGGUGUACAGACGAUAUGGAGGAGAAUAUGGGGAUCUUACACACCCAGACAUCACCUUUACUUACUUUCAACUGAAGCAGCAGGCAGCCCGGGUAUGGACCGCUAAGCGUGGACCCUGCUCAGUGAGCUGUGGGGCAGGGCUGCGCUGGGUGACCUACAGCUGCCAGGAUCAAGCUCAAGACAAGUGGGUGAAGAACACCCAGUGCCAAGGGAGCCCACAGCCACCUGCAUGGCAAGAGCCUUGUGUCUCUGCCCCUUGCUUCCCAUAUUGGGUAGCUGGAGACUUCAGCCCAUGUAGUGUGUCUUGUGGCGGGGGCCUUCGGGAACGGUCACUGCGCUGUGUGGAGACCCAAGAUGGCUUCUUAAAGACACUGCCACCUGCCCGGUGCAGAGCAGUAGCCCAGCAGCCAGCAGCAGAGGUGGAAAACUGCAACUCCCAGCCCUGUCCCACCAGGUGGGAGGUGUCAGACCCUGGCCCUUGCACGUCAUCUGCCUGUGAGGCAGGUCUGGACUCAAGGAAUGUGACAUGUGUGCCCAGGGCAGGUGACCCGGAGAAGCCAGCAACUGCAGGCCCCUGCCGCACCGAUGAGACGUCAGCUAUACUGGAGCCCUGCUUCAGGAGCACGUGUUCUCCAGGCAUGGGUCAGGGGGAUACCAUGUCUCUGGGAGCGGAGGCUCCAUCCCCAGUGGGCAGUGACAAGCCAGGGGCUCAGGCUGAACAUGUGUGGACUCCUCUGGUGGGGCAGUGCUCCAUUUCUUGUGGGAGAGGUCUGAAGGAACUGUAUUUCCUGUGCAUGGAUUCUGUCCUCAAGAUGCCUGUCCAGGAAGAGCUAUGCGGCUUGGCUAGUAAGCCCCCAAGCCGGAGGGAGGUCUGCAGGGCUCGCACCUGUCCUGCCCGAUGGAAAGUCCUGUCCCUUGGCCCAUGCUCAGCCAGCUGUGGCCUUGGCACUGCCACACAAAUGGUGGCCUGCAUGCAGCUUGACCAGGGCCAUGACAAUGAGGUGAAUGAAACUUUCUGUAAGGCUCUAGUGCGGCCUCAGGCCAGUGUCCCCUGCCUCAUUGCUGACUGCGCAUUCCGAUGGCACAUCAGCGCCUGGACAGAGUGCUCUGUCUCCUGUGGGGACGGUGUCCAGCGCCGCCAUGACACCUGCCUUGGACCCCAGGCCCAAGUGCCUGUGCCAGCCAAUUUCUGCCAGCACCUGCCCAAGCCAGUGACCGUGAGAGGCUGCUGGGCUGGACCAUGUGCAGGGCAGGAGACCUCCAGCUCACUGCCUCACAAGGAAGCUACUCUUCCCAGUCAGACCCGGGCUGCUGUCACCGUUGCUUCUCUGCGGUCCCAGCCACAAGCCCGGACCAGCACCCUUUUCCCAGCCUCCCAGUCUCUGGGGCUCCAGGAAAACCUGGAAGAGCAUGGUACCUGUGGAAGGCAGUACCUGGAGCCCACAGGAAUCAUUGACAUGCGAGAUCAAGGAUGGCUAGACUGUGUGGUGGCCAUUGGGAGACCUCUAGGUGAAGUGGUGACCUUACAAAUCCUCGAGAGCUCCCUCAAGUGUAGUGCAGGGGAGCGACUGCUGCUCUGGGGUAGGUUCACAUGGAGGAAGACAUGCGGGAAGGUGCCUGGCAUGACUUUCAGCACCAAAACCAACACAGUGGUGGUGAGGCAGCAUCGUGUGCAGCCAGAGGGUGGAGUGCUGCUACAGUACCGGAGCCAACCUGCCCCGGGAACCUUCUACAAAGAAUGUGACAGGCAGCUCUUUGGACCUCGGGGUGAAAUUAUGAGUCCCUCACUGAGCUCAGACGGGAGGAAGGCAGGGACCUGCAGGGUCUUCAUCAGUGUGGCCCCACAGGCCCGCAUUGCCAUCCGCGCCCUGGCCAGUGACAUGGGCACUGCUUCUGAGGGGACCAAUGCCAACUAUGUCUCGAUCAGGGAUAUCCACAGUCUGAGGACCACAACAUUUUGGGGGCAGCAGGUGCUCUACUGGGAGUCCGAAGGCAGUGAGGCUGAACUGGAGUUUAGCCCUGGCUUCCUGGAGGCACAUGCUAGUCUCCAGGGCCAGUAUUGGACCAUCUCACUGAGGACAUCAGAAUAGGACUGUUGCCUCCCCCAGCCUAGAAAGGCUGACUUUGCCCUUGCUGCCACUGAGCCUGAGCCCACCUGGAGUGGGG